CCAACUUUUGUUCAUCAAUGGCAGCCAACUUACCAUGGGAUAUCACCAUCGAAAUACUCUCCCGACUUCCAGUAAAAUCUCUUCUGCGUUUUAAUUGUGUUUCGAAAUCUUUCUAUUCUUUGAUUUCUCAAGAUUCUCACUUCAAAAGGAAACAUCUCGAUCAUCAAUCUGCAAACCAUAACUUGAUUCUUAAUCUUGAACAUGCACCUGAAUGUCUUUUUUCAUGCUCCCUUUCAUCUUUAUCAUCCGAUGAUCAGGAGGACGUGGUUGUACUUGAUAAUCCAAUUAAAGUCGAAUCCUGGGACUGUUUACGUAUUGCCAGAUCUUGUAACGGAUUGCUUUGUAUUCAAGAUAUUGCAGGCAUUGUCUGCAUAUGGAACCCUUCAACCAGAGAAUUGAAGAGACUUCCAGAUUGUCCUAGGGCCAACGAUAGAAUCGCUUGUUCAUUAGGUUACGACUCAUCCUCAGAUGACUACAAAGUCCUAAGCAUUCACGAAUCUCUUAUAGGCGAUCGUGUAGCCAGAACUGAGUUGCAACUAUGUUCACUGAAAAGGGAUUCCUCCUGGAGAAAAAUUCAGGAUUUACCAGGCAUGAAAUUCAGCUGGUAUGAUAGUUACGACUUCCUCAACGGAGCAUUCUAUUGGAUUGAAAACGUUGGCAGCUAUUCAGAUUUGAAUGGACCUCUUGUGAUUGCUUCAUUUGAUAUAAAGAAAGAAAUAUUUAAAGAGUUUGAACUAUUUCCACCAACUAGGUAUUCAUAUCAAUACACUGUAUUCGACGUAUCUGUAUUAGGGGGAAAGCUUUGUCUGUACAGCCUAGGCUCGGAUGUAUCGUUUGAUCUAUGGGAGAUAGAAGAAUAUGCUUACGUGCACCUCGACUAA